GGAUGUAGGAAAUGGGCGGGGCCGGAGCGUUUCCAGAGCUUCCUGGAGAGACCGAGGGAGGCAGAUCGCUCCGGUAACUGCCGCGUCCUCGGCCCCACCCCAGUGCCCUCACGGAGGAGCCUGCCGGGAGCGCCUCGGUGAGGAAAAAAUGACUGCAAUCAAGCAUGCAUUACAAAGAGAUAUUUUCACACCAAACGAUGAACGUUUACUGAGCAUUGUGAACGUCUGCAAAGCAGGGAAAAAGAAGAAAAACUGUUUUUUGUGUGCCACAGUGACAACUGAACGCCCAGUACAGGUGAAUGUGGUGAAAGUGAAGAAAUCUGAUAAGGGAGACUUCUACAAAAGACAAAUUGCAUGGGCCCUUCGAGAUCUUGCUGUGGUGGAUGCCAAAGAUGCCAUUAAAGAGAAUCCUGAAUUUGAUUUACAUUUUGAAAAAAUAUACAAGUGGGUUGCCAGCAGCACUGCAGAAAAGAAUGCAUUUAUUUCCUGUAUUUGGAAAUUGAAUCAGAGAUAUCUUCGAAAGAAAAUUGAUUUCGUCAAUGUUAGUUCACAGCUUUUAGAAGAACUGCCUAAAGUUACAGAAGAAUCUGUUCCAAGUGGAGAGAAUCAGAGUGUGACAGGAGGAGAUGAAGAAGCUGUAGAUGAGUACCAGGAGUUAAAUGCAAGAGAAGAACAGGAUAUUGAGAUAAUGAUGGAAGGCUGUGAAUAUGCUAUUUCUAAUGCUGAAGCUUUUGCAGAAAAGUUAUCAAGAGAGCUGCAGGUGUUAGAUGGGGCAAACAUCCAGUCAAUCAUGGCCUCUGAGAAACAGGUGAAUAUCCUGAUGAAGUUGCUGGAUGAGGCUCUUAAGGAGGUGGAUCAGAUUGAACUGAAGCUGAGCAGCUAUGAAGAAAUGCUGCAAAGUGUAAAAGAACAAAUGGAUCAGAUCUCAGAAAGCAACCACUUAAUUCAUCUUAGUAACACUAAUAAUGUAAAGCUCCUCUCAGAGAUAGAAUUCCUUGUGAACCACAUGGACUUGGCAAAAGGUCACAUAAAGGCUCUUCAGGAAGGAGAUCUUGCUUCUUCUAGAGGCAUUGAAGCCUGUACCAAUGCAGCUGAUGCCCUUCUACAGUGUAUGAAUGUAGCUCUUCGUCCAGGACACGACAUGCUUUACGCAGUCAAACAACAGCAACAACGUUUUGGAGAUUUGCGAGAGCAGUUUGCCCGAAGACUUGCCAGUCAUCUUAACAAUGUUUUUGUUCAACAGGGACAUGACCAGAGUUCCACUCUUGCACAGCACUCCAUUGAAUUGACAUUGCCUAAUCACCAUCCCUUCCAUAGAGACUUGCUUCGAUAUGCCAAAUUGAUGGAGUGGUUAAAGAGUACAGAUUAUGGAAAAUAUGAGGGACUAACAAAGAAUUACAUGGAUUAUUUAUCAAGGCUAUAUGAAAGAGAAAUAAAAGAUUUCUUUGAAGUUGCAAAGAUCAAGAUGACAGGCACUACUAAAGAAAGCAAGAAGUUUGCUACACUGCCUCGAAAAGAAAGUGCUGUCAAACAAGAAACAGAGAGUCUUCAUGGAAGUUCUGGGAAAUUGACUGGAUCUACAUCUAGCCUAAACAAACUCACUGUUCAGAGUUCUGGGAGUCGUAGAUCUCAGUCAUCAUCUUUGUUGGAUAUGGGAAACAUGUCUGCUUCUGAUCUUGAUGUAGCCGACAGAACCAAGUUUGAUAAGAUCUUUGAACAGGUUCUAAGUGAGUUAGAACCCCUAUGUCUAGCAGAGCAGGACUUCAUAAGUAAGUUUUUCAAACUGCAGCAACAUCAAAACAUUCCUGGAACAAUGGCUGAAACAGAAGAUUUGGAUGGAGGAAUGUUAUCACGGCAGUAUAACUCUGGUGUACUACAGUCUAUAUCAUCUGAGAAAGAUAUGAUCCGCCAAAUGAUGAUUAAAAUAUUUCGCUGCAUCGAGCCAGAAUUGAACAAUCUGAUCGCAUUAGGAGAUAAAAUUGAUAGCUUUAACUCCCUCUACAUGCUAGUCAAAAUGAGUCAUCAUGUGUGGACUGCACAAAAUGUGGAUCCUGCUUCCUUUCUCAGUACCACAUUGGGAAAUGUUUUAGUGACUGUAAAAAGGAACUUUGACAAAUGCAUUAGUAACCAAAUAAGACAGAUGGAAGAAGUAAAGAUCUCAAAGAAGAGCAAAGUGGGGAUUCUUCCAUUUGUUGCUGAAUUUGAAGAAUUUGCAGGGCUUGCUGAAUCAAUCUUCAAAAAUGCAGAGCGUCGUGGAGAUCUAGAUAAAGCUUACAUAAAACUUAUAAGAGGAGUCUUUGUAAAUGUGGAGAAAGUAGCAAAUGAAAGCCAGAAGACUCCCAGGGAUGUGGUGAUGAUGGAGAACUUCCACCAUAUUUUUGCAACUCUUUCUCGUUUGAAAAUCUCAUGUCUAGAAGCUGAAAAAAAAGAAGCCAAGCAGAAGUACACAGAUCAUCUUCAGUCUUAUGUUAUCUAUUCUUUAGGACAACCUCUUGAAAAACUAAAUCAUUUCUUUGAGGGUGUUGAAGCUCGAGUAGCACAAGGUAUAAGAGAAGAAGAAGUAAGUUACCAACUUGCGUUUAAUAAACAAGAACUUCGUAAAGUUAUCAAAGAAUAUCCUGGGAAGGAAGUGAAGAAAGGACUAGAUAAUCUCUACAAGAAAGUUGAUAAGCACCUUUGUGAAGAAGAGAAUUUGCUUCAGGUGGUGUGGCACUCCAUGCAAGAUGAAUUUAUACGCCAGUACAAGCACUUUGAGGGUUUGAUAGCACGAUGCUAUCCUGGAUCUGGUGUUACAAUGGAAUUCACUAUUCAAGACAUCCUGGACUAUUGUUCUAGCAUUGCACAGUCACAUUAGACUCAACAAAAGAAAAGCUAACAGUGUGUUCUAAAAAUGCCAAGCAGUAUCCAGAGAUAUCAAACUGUAUGCUUCAGAAACCUGAAUUUGUUACUCUAUGUAUUAUUAAUUAUUGCUAAAUGUCAGGUAAAUGUAUAGUAACUACAGAUGUUAAAUGCAACGUUACAGACCCUAAGUAGCAGCAGUAUUGUUCACUUACUAGGCUAUGUACUAAUUUAACAUAAUACUUUUCGGUUAAUUUAAAUUGCACUUAUUUUUCUAUCAUUGUGCAGGAGAUUUACAUUUGUGGGUCCCUUUCUUGCUAAUGAGCAUUGUAAUCUGGAGUAUGUGAAGUGCAUUGGAAAUACAGUGGACACUCCAACUUUAACUCAUUCUCUUUCUUGAGAAUUACGUAACCUUUAAAAUACUGUACAGAACUGUUUUAUUUUGCAGGUGUGUGUGUGUAUGUGUGUGCGUGUGUGUGUGUGUAGAGAGAUAAAGGAGUUCAUUUGAAUACUUGUAAGCUUAUGUUUUGAGGAUUAUGUAACUAUGUCAUGUUAAGAAUGCACUGACAGUGAAGUAAAGAGAUUUUUUUUUUUAAAGUUAA